GCGCGACUAUGCCGGUCACCGGGAAGACUUUCCGCCGGCGCCAGGCCGACUCGGAGUCGGAGGAAGAUGAGCAGGACUCAGAGGAAGUUCGAUUAAAACUGGAAGAGACCCGAGAGGUGCAGAACUUGAGGAAGAGGCCCAACGGGAUGAAGACAGGUGGGAUGGUGGACAUGAAGAAACUAAAGGAAAGGGGCAAAGAUAAGAUCAGCGAAGAGGAAGACCUCCAUCUGGGGACGUCAUUUUCUGCAGAAACCAACCGAAGGGACGAGGACGCUGACAUGAUGAAGUACAUUGAGACGGAGCUGAAGAAGCGGAAAGGGAUUGUGGAACACGAGGAACAGAAAGUUAAGCCAAAGAAUGCAGAGGACUGCCUUUACGAACUGCCGGAAAACAUCCGGGUUUCCUCAGCAAAGAAGACUGAGGAGAUGCUGUCCAACCAGAUGCUGAGCGGCAUCCCGGAGGUGGACCUCGGCAUCGAUGCUAAAAUAAAAAAUAUCAUUUCCACGGAGGAUGCCAAGGCCCGUCUGCUGGCAGAGCAGCAGAAUAAGAAGAAAGACAGUGAGACAUCCUUUGUGCCUACCAACAUGGCUGUGAAUUACGUGCAGCACAACCGAUUUUAUCAUGAGGAGCUCAAUGCUCCCAUACGGAGAAACAAAGAAGAGCCCAAAGCCCGACCAUUGAGAGUGGGUGACACAGAGAAGCCGGAGCCUGAGCGGUCCCCUCCCAACCGCAAGCGUCCUGCCAACGAGAAGGCCACGGAUGACUAUCACUACGAGAAGUUCAAGAAGAUGAACAGGCGGUACUGAGGGAGGCUAAAGGGGAGAGGUGCAAAGUGGGGUAUAGACAGUGUCGUUCACUCCCUUUAUCCCCCUGAUAAAAGGCUUCCUGGACAGAAGCCUGCUCAUUGGCUAGCAGACAGUUCCCAAAACAGACUCUAUCCGUCCUGCUGCUUACCUGCUGGAUUUUUCAGGCACUGAAUUUGUAACCUUUUGAAACAAUGUGUAGUUUUCCUAUCUGGGGACAAACUCUAUUCUUGAGAGCAUUAUUAAAUCUCAUUUGUAAAUAUGUUGACUUUCUCCUAAUAUUUGCCCUGGGUCAGGAGGAAACCGUUGUGUGUUUCAGGGCGAGAUAAUACCCUUUAGAUUGUGGUUUUAUUACUAUUAUAUAUGCAAUCAUGUCUCCUGUUUUCAAGUACCUGGAGUGGGGUUCAGAAAUGCAUCCGUCACUGUUUACAGUGGAUCCAGCUGACAGAAAAAUCUAGGUUGAGAUCAAAGGAACACUGGUAUUUUCUGACUUUUACAAAGUUAUCUGUUUCUUUUCAUUAUGAAAGAAAAAAUUUCUCAUCACUUUUAGCACUUAAGUAUUAAAUAUGAAAUGGA